AUGACAACGCCAUCUGCUUCGGUGUCUUCUGAGCCGCAAACGAUGGUAACGUUAAGCGGCAUUACCAACACUAUCGGAGACGGUACCUCAUCGAUGGUUUUAGAACCUGCACGGAAGACGGACAGGAAUAGUUGCCCUGGCACACUGGAGUCGCCGGCUGGGUCCCCUGUUGAUGCUCAGCCUGUUAUGUUGAAUGGGUUUUGGGGGGGGAAUGUGCGAGAACAGGUGCAGCUGCAAAUGCAGGACCCGCAGCCUCAGCCGCAGCCGCAGCCGCAGCCGCAGCCGGUGCGGGUCAGUCAUGUGGAUCUGAUAACGGAAGUCACUGUGUCGGCUGGGGAUGUGGGUUUUGAGCGUCCGGUGAAAGUGCAAGAAGAGGUGACGGUGCGGGGAGCGGCGAACGAGGAGGUUAAAGACGAGAAUAAAGCUGAGGCUAAAGAGGACGCUAAAGAGAAAACUAAUGAUGAGGCCAGGGUUAGGGUGGAAGAGCAGGUUGACGAGAGAGUUGAGGAUAAGACUAAGGAGAUACACGAAAGCAUAAAUGAGGCGUUGCGACAAGAGCCGCCGCAACCGCCGCAAGAGCCGCAAGAGCCUCAACGCGAAUUACAAGAGCCCGAAGAGCCGCAGGAGGAGCCACAACAGGAGGCACCUGAACAAAAACCCCAACAGGGAGCUCCUGAUCAGUUGCAACCGCAAGCUCGACCGAAACUACAACCAGUAGUGCAACCGGAAUUGCAAGAUGAGAUACAAAGUCCGACCGACUCCGUGGAGGAACGGCCAACUUCAUCCGCGGCCCUAUCAAUGAUUGAUAACAGGGCUUCGAUUAUGCCGUCUGAUUAUGCAACCUAUACUAGCCCGCCAGUUGAGGAAGCACGAGCUGUCAAAGUCAUCGGUCGGAAAGCAAGCAUAAUUACUUCCGAAUUACGCACCUUUAUAUCGCGCGAAAUCACUAUUGGCAAAAAAGGGAAGAUGUCGCCAACCCCAGCAUCUGAAUCAGUUCUGGACGCUGAAGGGAGCUCCCAACCGCCCCUGCCACCAUCGGGUAAUGAAGAGGAACGUGGCCAGGUACCCUCCAACGCUUCGCGGGUUAGGAUGUCGACAAAGUCCACGCCUGAAGCUAGUCUCUCGAACGGGCUACUGAACGAUAUAAACACCAGUCGCUAUUCGCAGCCAUCGCAACCACAGCAAACCGUUUCCGCCCAACAAGUGGAAGGUUAUAUCCAUCGUAGUGAUGCGGCCUCAUCCUCCAGACGAGAGUCAACAGAGCCCCGAUAUGUCGGGGUUGAUAAAGCUGCGCAACGGGUUUCAGCAGAGCCAAAGAGUCCACCGUCAACACCAGCCAUUAAAACCAAGUCAUUACCAUCUUUGCCUCCCGAGGACAAACCAAUGACCGACCGGCCAGAUGACUAUAACCCCGUAGACAAGACGAGACAGGAAGCUGGGAACCAGCAUGCAGAGCAGAUCCAAUCCCAGUCAAAACCAGUUACCGUCGAAUCCACUUACGUGAAUAAUAUUGCAACAGAAAAACCCCACCUCCCUCCUCCUGUGCCGGACACCACUGCACAGCGUGAAAGGGCAGAACGUCAAUCAAGUUCUGGCAUCCCAGAGGGAAAGCCAGCGGAUCAGCCAUCUAUUAACCCAUUCGCUCCAAGGCAGGCUCCUAGUAUUCGACCUACCAGUCCUCCAAGGAUCCCCUCAGCUCAGUUUGCUGCCCCUGUUAAAGAGGGGCGCUCGUCAACUCAGCUGAUACGCGACUACUUCUCACCCUCAGGGAACUCUUCAUCGAGGCCCCCAACCGUGCAGGAGGAAACCCGCCCAGGCUCUGCUAUGGCCAACCUGAUGUCUAAAGUGACCUUUUCCCGUCAGACAACUGAUCGACGUUCAAGCGCUUCCGGACAACCCAAUGAGAAGAGCUGGAGCAAUCGAUUCCAGUCCUUCAAAGUUGACUCAGGCCUUUCAAAAACCAGAACCGCGAGCACAAUCGAAUCGGAAGAGGGCCAACGCGCCGCAUCCCUGUCUAUGCCGAAUCCCAACGACCCAUCCAUUACUUCGCCGAGCAACCAAUCUCCGGCUUCGAAAAUGAAAAUUCACGGCAAAUUUAUCAGGGGUGCCAACCGUCUUGCUCAGAACGCUGGUAACAUGAAAAAGAAGAACAUGCCAAAAGUUGCUGGUUUGUUCAACCGCCAUUCCAGGCAAGCAGAGCCCACCACCCAGACACCCCACACUCCUGAGUAUUCUCCACAUCUAUAUGAAACGCAAGUCACAGCUCUUCCACAGCAAAAGCAACCGUAUUCAAGUACAUACCCGAGUAGAUACUCGAAUUCAAUGCCACAUGACUAUCAACAGCAGCAAACUAGACAGCCCCAAACGCAACCAGUAACCCAACCUGGAGGGCGCCGAUCAAUGACUUCGCAACACUAUGCCCAGGACAACGUGCAGCCUAGUCGUAACAGCCAGCAUACCAAUUUACCACCUCAUACCACUGUCCUUGCCCAUGCGACACCACCUGGGAAUCCUCAGUCCUAUUUAAACAAUACUCAACUGCCAUCUCACAGCCCAAUGUCCUUUAUUCAAUUCCAGAACGGACAUGUCCCCGCACAACGUGCCGCACGAACCCAGUCUCCCGAUCCGGCUCAGCAUCCCCUCGCCGACGCCGCAACCAAGUUUGCUGCCGGCUCUCCACCUCCAGAAGGCCCAUCAUUUCCAAACAAGAUUCCACAAAAUCGGAACUAUAAUAAUCAUCCACCAUCCCAACAUAUGGCAGGUUCCGGCAAACACAUUGAGCCUGUUGAAUUGCCGGUGCCAGUUCCCGGAGAUGACUCGAGUGAAGAAAUUGUCAUGUCCAGCACGGCAUAUCCCGGGCAGGAAUGGCAUCCAGAAUUCUACUUGGAGGAGGAUUAA